CUUUAGCCCAAAUUAGCUAGUGUUCAAAUCAUACAUACAGCUAAGCGAAACGAGUGUUUUUCUUUCCAAUCGACAGCCUUCGUAAGGGUUAUUUAUUUUGUGCUUCUUAGGUUUACUGUGCCAAACAUGUAUAUAAAAGCCUUAGUCCGAUGCAGAGACAUGCUGAAAGGAGAACUGAUCGUGUGAAAUGCUGGCUAGCCUAAUCAAAGCUAGCCGACGAGCAGGGGCCGAGAAACGAAAAGUGGCUAACAUUAACGAGAGAUAAGCCUAUCACAACAAGCCUGGGUACUUAAACAUACCUGAAGCCACAAGAAGAAGGACUGAUAGAGAUAGUUUCUUCCCUACAAAGUAGCAGUGGGUUUCUCUAGGGAAAAGCCAUGGGUGCGUUCCUGGACAAGCCCAAGACAGAGAAGCACAACUUGCAUGGUGAGGGAAAUGGCCUGCACUACGGGCUUAGCUCAAUGCAGGGCUGGCGGGUGGAGAUGGAGGAUGCACACACAGCUGUGUUGGGACUUCCUGCUCCUGGUAUGAAUGACUGGUCCUUUUUUGCUGUGUACGAUGGUCAUGCUGGCUCAAGGGUUGCCAACUACUGCUCUAAGCAUCUCCUGGAACACAUAAUCAGCGCUAGCUUUGGGGUCGGAGGGACACAAGGCUCCCAGGCUGGUUCAGACGCCUCCACCACUGACCCUCCAGCACCAGUUCCUCCUUCACUGGAGGCUGUGAAAGCUGGGAUCCGGACAGGCUUCCUGAGGAUUGAUGAGCACAUGCGCAGCUUCUCCGACCUUCGAAAUGGCAUGGACCGUAGUGGCUCCACAGUAGUUGGAGUCCUCCUGUCACCUGAUCAUUUCUUCUUCAUUAACUGUGGUGAUUCUCGAGCUGUUCUAUACCGCAAUUCACACGUGUGCUUCUCCACACUUGACCACAAGCCUUGCAACCCACGUGAGAGAGAGCGCAUCCAGAAUGCUGGCGGCUCAGUGAUGAUUCAGAGGGUUAAUGGGUCACUGGCUGUAUCGAGGGCCUUGGGGGACUACGAUUACAAGUGUGUGGAUGGGAAGGGUCCCACAGAGCAGCUGGUUAGCCCCGAACCAGCAGUGUUUGAGAUGGUUCGGGCCCCAGAACAGGAUCAGUUUGUGAUCCUGGCGUGUGAUGGCAUCUGGGAUGUAAUGUCCAAUGAGGAGCUGUGCGAGUUUGUGAAAUCUAGGCUUGAGGUGUCUGAUGACCUGGAGAGAGUCUGCAAUGAAGUGGUGGAUACCUGCCUGCACAAGGGGAGUCGGGAUAACAUGAGUGUUGUGUUAGUGUGUUUUCCCAACGCUCCCAAAGUGUCAGAGGAAGCUGUGAGGAAAGACGCGGAGCUCAACAAAUAUCUGGAAUCUCGAGUGGAAGAGAUGCUGUCUCGGCCAGAGGAGGUGGGGUUUCCGGAUUUGGUAACAGUGAUGAGGAACCUGUCAACUGACAGCGGCAUGCCCACUCUGCCACCAGGGGGAGGCCUUGCCAGCAAACGCAAUGUUAUUGAAGCAGUAUACAACCGCCUGAAUCCAUACCGGGAGGAAGAUGGAAGCGGAGCUGAGUUGGAGUACCACUGGUAGCUGUCCAGCACAACUGCCUGAUUCCAAAAAAACCCUCCAAAAAAACAAAAAAAUACAGGACCACUUUUCCACACAAGAUCACAUCCAUAGUCACCUUUUAAUUUCUUCUGGGAUUUUUUAAUUUUUUAGCCCCCCCCCACCCGCACUGAGAGAUGAACCGAAGCGGAAAUCACGUUUUUUAAAAAACAAACAACACAUCCGGUGUGGAUGAAGGCUGAAAAACAGAUUUUGUUGGUUCUUUUUGUUGAACAAGAGAAUGGGGAAAAUAAGAACAACCUCACUGAUGGUCUGAAAUGCGGGACUACAUCCACAGUAUGUGCAUCAGAGGAGAAGCAGACAAGCACGGCUUCUCUUGCCCGUCGUUUUCUUGCUUUCUUUGUGUGGUGGUUAUUUUUGUUGUCGAUUGACGGGGACAUAAGAGCAGCCCUGCGCUGCUCUACGGUGCCUUCCUCAGAACUGAGAGAGAAGGGAGGACCUCAGAACAGCCAGCGAGUCAUUACUAAACCAGCCACUCAUAGAUAAGAUCCUGAAUGGACUACAGUGGUUUGUUGGCUGCUUUUUUUUUUUGGCAUUAUUUGUUUUGAAGUGUGAACUUUACUUGACUGGCAGCCAAUCGACCACACAAGCCGACGACUUCCACACACCUCAAGCUUCACUGUGCAGAUCAGGCGGCCGUGGGAGUUCUCAAACGGGGCCCAACACUUCACCUGCCCGCGCACCCAGCUCGCUGGAAAUGCCUUCACAGAACUCCCGGAUUUUAAAGCCCCCGAAGUCCUCGCGAUCCAAACACCAGCCCCUCACCUGGGGCCGUGCACCUGAACACGAGAGCAAAGGACCGAGUCUGUCUGGCAACUUAUUUCAGGUUGGCUGCUCCAUACUGUGUCCAAGCUAAAACAGGACAUGGGCCGGGGUGCCUGGCUGCAGAUAGGAAUUCCAUGGAGACAUUUCAACUCAAAGUGUGAUGACUCUUCUUGCACGUCCCUGCUCCCUUUCUCUCCUCCUGUCUCUUAAAGGAUAUUAUCAAAUAGUUGAUUUCUUACCCUUCCCCUCUGUUCUUCUCUCUCUCUCUUUUCGCUUUUGUCUGUCUCUCCACAAGACAGAAGCGACUCGGCUGUCAUUUGCAUCGGCAGACAUUGCCAGAAUCAUAAGCUUUUGAGCCUGCUGUUGUUUCAGAGAUAGAAAGAUAGAAAUUAUAUAUUAAAUUCAUAUAUAUAGAUAUAUAUUUUGAUUUGUUUCAUCUUAAUUCCCAGCCAUGGUGUUCGUUGUGGCCUAAUGUGUGUGUGGUCUGUGUGUGUGUGCGUGUGUAGAAAAAAAGCUGCACACAGUGUUCCCACACAGCAGCUUUCCAAAGACAGGGUUUGGGAUAAAGGAAUUCCUGCCUCACCUUCUUCUUCAUCCCCCUUUCUUCUCAACACACACACACACACACACAAACAAUCCUGCUUCUGCUACAACUUGCCUUUUCUAUCUUCUAACUAUCCUGUGUAAAAAAUGAAUGCUUUUUUUCGUUUUGAUUGGGGAAAAAAAUCCAUCAUUUACAUUUUUUUAAAUGGCUUUUUAUGUUUUUUGGUAUAUAUGGCUUUUCAGAGUACUGUGGCUGUGGUCCAAUUACAGAUGGACAACAAAACAACAAGGGGAGCAUGAAAUAUACCUUGUACAGCAGAUUGGGAGAGAAGUUUUUGGUGUUUCACUGUAUGAAGUAAAGGACGGACACUGUAGGACAGAAGGGAUAAGGUCCUACACCCAGAGCCGAGUUCACACUGUCACUGAAAUUCCCGUCCUCUCCUCCCACAGCUACCUUCACAGACUUUGUCUCAAAGGCACAGGACGGCUGCUGGGAAAGCCCUGGUUUGACUCUCUGGACUGACCAGGAGUCCUUUUCAUUUCUGUCAACCCAAACACUAAUAAGUGAUUGAAACGUCAGAAACAAAUAUUUGUCAGAAAAAGCCUCUUCUUUUUUUUCUUUUUUUGAAACAAAUGUACUCAUAGACAAAGUGGAUACACAUACUUUGCAUGUGUAUUCUUUUCUGUAGAUUCUUAAAAUAGUCUAUAAGUAUAUACAAACCUGUACUAUACACUUUUUUUUUUUCCAAUCAUUCAAUGGCGAAUUCAUUGUGCUUCUGAAGUGGCAGUAUUGAAAGGCCUCACAGAGUUUGCCGGCUGAUUAAUGUUCUUGUGGUACACUUGCUCUUGGUGCCAUAUGACGAAUAGGUACUUGAAUGUGUAGUUCUUUUGCAGUUGCGUUGUUUUAACGGGAUGAUUGAUUUGCCUUUGUUUGUGGUGGAGGGAGCGGGAGGGGUGGGAUCUCUAUAGUUGUGCAUGUUUUGUGAUGAGGGGGAGUGUAUUUAGUGUGUGAGUGGGAGGUGUACUGGGCGGAUGGGGAUGAUGUGGGCAUGUUCAGUGUGGUGGAACACAAUGUCAGAAGGUAUGAAAAGGCUCGAUGCAAGAACAAAGACAGCAGGACACAGCAGGAUGUCAUUUGUGCUUUAGGACUGAAAUUCAUUUGGACGACCAAAUGAAAAACUUAAAAAAUGUACAGUUUUUCCUGACUUUUUAACAUUGCUAAAGGUUUACCACACUGAACACAGCCCUCAGUUUGGAUUUAUGUUUAAGCUAUAUCAGACACUGGGCUAGGAGAGGAAUUAAGGGUGGGAAGGAGGGAGAAACAUUUAUUUUUCUGAAUGUAAAUUGUCAAUAUUCACACUGAUUCCACUGCAUGGACUGAAUACAAGCAGCACUGCAGCAUCACACUCUCUCCUCGUCAGUCAUUUAAUGACAAAACAAGCUCUCCUGGCUCCUUUUGUUUUGAAGAAAAAAAAAAAAAAAGCACUUGUUGUGGAACAUAACCUGAAGACUGGCGUGGGACAGACAUGUAGCUUUUUCGAAGGAGACUCUGGAGGUGUUGUGAUGCCUGAAUACUUUGACCUUGACUUGUUGCUUCGAUGCCAGGUUAUGUUAAGUAGAGAUCACUCUGCAAAGCAUAUUGUCCCCUGAUCCUGCCGUUUACUCUGGGCCGGCUGGGUCGACAUGAUCUCGAGGGCGCCGGAAGGCAGAGGCGGGAAUAUGAAAAUGCCGAAACAGAAACAUACGCGACAUUCCUCCUGUGGGUUUUUUAGGAUGGAGCUGAGCACUUGUACUCUCUGUCACCUUCUCCUGUCGUCUCUGGUCAGUCUUUUUUUACAUACUAUUGGAAUUGACAGAUGUACGAUGGCAAUUAUAAAUUCCACACUUCUUUUUAUUUAUUCCUGUGCUUUUUAGCUCUUACAAAAAUGCUGUAUUUUGAAGACAGAAUGAGGUAACAAUAAGCUGGUGUGCAUUUGAGAGCAACUUGUGGCUCACUCAACUUCACCUCUGAGAAGACUAAAGGAAGGCGAGGUUUAUGAAACACCCAGGGUAUUCACCAUUCCUUCUUCCUGUACUAAUUUCCCAGUAUGCUAUUGUGAUGUUACAGACCAUACAGUGAACAUAAACGUCAAUAAAAGAUGGA